AUGCAUCAAAGGAAAUAUGUACUAGAACUGAUCUCAGAAACAGGCCUAGUUGCUGCUAAACCUGCUGUGACACCUGUAGACAUCAAUGUUCAGCUGACAUCUAGACAGUAUGAUGAACAUCUGGGAAUCAGCAAUACUACGGAUCCUCCUACAGAUCAAAGCUCACACCAAAGAGUUAUUGGUAAACUCCUAUAUCUCACUGUGACUAGGCUUGAGAUAGCCUACAGCGUACAAACCUUAAGUCCGUUUUUACAAGAUCCUAAAAAAUAUCAUAUGGAAGCAACCUUAAGGAUUGUAAGUUACUUGAAACAACAACCAGGGAAAGGAGUAUUACUAUCAAGCAAGAGUGAUCUAACAAUGUCUGCAUAUUGUUGUGAUUGUUGUGAUGCUGAUUGGGCAUCAUGCCCUAUGUCAAGAAAGUCAAUUACAGGUUACCUCAUUAAACUUGGUGAUUCUCUCAUUACUUGGAAAUCAAAGAAACAAACUUUUGUGUCAAGAAGUUCUGCAGAGUCUUGA